AUGGACCAGCAUCAAAUUUCUCCCGGCUCGACGGACGCGGUGACCUCGCACCUACAGCCCGACGACGGUGAGGCCCCGGACGAUCCACCAUCCCAGUUACCCGUGGCCUCUCAGCAUGCCACCUUGAAAUACUCUUUGCUCGGGCCAUCGUUGACGAAGGCUGGCCAGGACGCUGUCGACCAGAAAAAGGUUUCCGAAAUCAUUUACAGUGCCUCCAAAGGCUCCAAGUAUUUCAACCGAGAAGAGGAGAGAGACAAGAUCCUCACAGUCAAGAUCGAUCGAAUCAUUGACAAGAAGCACCAGCUCGAGAAGCUCGACUUGUCGCGCGAGCUGCGCAAGGCCGACACCCUCAUCGCUGAACUCGAGCUUACUCGCAAUCUCAGCCAAUACAUCGUCCAUCUGGACUGCGACGCCUUCUACGCAGCCGUCGAACAGCUCGACCGUCCUGAGCUGAAGGACCUGCCAUUUGCUGUCGGCGCUGGUGUCCUGACGACGUGCAACUACGUAGCAAGACAAUAUGGAUGCCGAUCCGGAAUGGCCGGCUUUGUGGCGAAGAGGCUGUGCCCUGACCUUAUAUUUCUGCCACUCAACUUCGACAAGUACACUGCCAAGGCGAACGAGGUGCGUCAAGUCAUCGCCGAAUAUGACCCACGUUUCGAGAGCGCGAGCAUCGACGAGGCAUACUUGAACGUCACAGAAUACUGCAAGGAUCAUGACGUGUCGCCUGAAGAUGCUGUGGCUCAGAUGCGGCGCCAGGUGCAUCUGAGGACGAGCAUUACAGUCUCUGCAGGAAUUGCUGCCAAUGCGAAGCUUGCCAAGAUUUGUUCCAACGUCAACAAACCCAAUGGGCAGUUUGUGUUGCCCAAUGAUCGUGUCGCCAUCAUGGCAUUCAUGCGAGAUCUGCCAUGCCGUAAAGUCAACGGCAUCGGUAGAGUGUGGGAACGGGAACUGAAGGCUAUUGGAAUACAAACUUGCGGCGAUAUAUACGGCCAGAGGCAAUUUCUCACCCAGCUGUUUGGAGAAAAAGCCUUCGAGUUCCUCCUAGGCUGCCAUCUAGGGAUUGGACGUACGGACGUGCAGCCAGCAGAAGAGUACGAGCGAAAGUCUGUUGGGACGGAAAGCACGUUCCAUGACAUGUCUGACCCGAAGCAGCUGCGAGAGAAGCUUCGCUGGACCUCUCAAGAACUGGAGAAGGACACUAUCGUCUUGAAUCCCAAGGCCAGAGGUUGGGAACGGUGGCUGUGGAACCAGGAGAAGAAAUCAGGCAAGACCAAGACCGUGAUUUUCGGGCAAGAGCAACUUUCCGCGGGAGGCAUGUACUACUGGCCGCCUCUGGAUUGCCUGUGUGGCGCGCUAUGUAUGCGAAGGGCAGGUUGCAAGGGGAAGACGUUGGUUCUAAAGGUCAAGCUACACACAUACGAGGUCUACACCCGCCAAACUGUGCUUCCGAAAGCUAUCAAUCUUGCAGAUGAUCUGUACACUCAUGCUGUUCCUGUACUUGCCAAACUCGAACAGGAGAUGCCGGGAUUGACGAUCAGGUUAAUGGGUUUGCGAUGUACCCACCUUGUAAGCACAAAGAGGCCAGACACGACGGCGUUCUUUGGCCUUAGGCCCGGGAGCCGGGCCUCGAGCCUCGAGCCUGGCAAAGUGUUGCGUAAGACAACUCAGGUCGAUGGUGAUAAUGGACGGGAGUUGAUGCCUGACGAGGCGGUCGGACCGGAUGAAAUCGAUGGUCAGGAAAUCAUUGCGGGGGGACAAAUCGGCAGUCCUUAUCGAAAGCAUGGCAAAGAAAUCAUGUCGAACCCGGAACCCUUGAACAAAGACCCUCAGGCAUCGGACGAGUGGUGGGAGUGUCCCAUUUGUAGUCGACCGCAGCCCGCAGAUGAGAGACUAUUCAAUGCUCACAUUGACGCAUGUCUGUCCCGACAAACAAUCCGAGAUGCCGUACAACAGGAGCAGAACACAUCAUCAAGACGGAGUCUAACGCCGGAGCCAAAAAGACUGAGGACGGGAUCAGAAAAGAAAAGAGGGCGCCAACAGGCCGGUCCAGAUCCCAAGCAGAAGAAGCUUUCAUUCGGAUAA